CCACAAUGAUGCACUAGGGGAAUAGAGGAAAACCACCGACAAAACCAUUUCAGUUUUUCUCUCCCUAUCUCUCUCUCUGUCCCUCUUUUUCUCAAUAUUUUUUUUUUCUUUGAACAUGUCUUCCAAGGUCAUCCUCUCAUUCCUCCUCAUCACAUUGUUCUCUUCAUCAUGUGUUCAUGUUGGUUUGUGUCAGAGUAGUCUUGACCAGAUUCUACCUGGCAUCAAUGGACAAGGUGCUGCAAUCCUACAAGAUGCACAAUGCAUGCAGAAGCUCCUUCCUUGCCAGGCAUAUGUGAAGAAUCCAAGCAACCCUCCUGAGUCCUGUUGUGAGCCCUUGAAGGAGAUACAUGAUAAUCAAAAAGGAUGCCUUUGCAAUUUCCUUAAAAACCCUACGUUUCUCCAGUCUGUCAGGGCCUCUCAGGAGGAUUUCUUGAAGCUCCCCCAAGCUUGUGGCAUCGAAAUUAACGUUGCCAACUGCAACUUCACAGGAGCACCCUCACCAGCAGCAGAUGGUGAAGGUGCUGUGCCUGAAGAAGACACUGCUGAGGCCAAAAAUUCACAUUCAACAAAAAUGAUUACUACAUAUGGCUUUGUUGCAUUGUUGACUGCUCUGAUAUUUUAUGCAUACUAGGCUUAUGCACGAGUUUGUCCACUGUUCACAAUUUGGGUCUUGAGCCUUAAUAUAUGGUUCUGUGAAUUUUCAUGUCAUGAAUAUUACUGAAUGAGUAAAGAAGUACAUGUUCCCAGAACUCUCUACAGUGCAACGCACGUUGAAUUUUAAUUUUGCAGUGGCAGGUAUACUUAGUGCCAUCAUCAAAUUCAAUUUAUAAUAAAUAAAUUACUUUUGGAAGGUUGUUCA